UGGCUAGUACAUCGUAGGAAAAACUCUAGUUUAUUGUAAAAAUUAUAAGUUGGAUUGAGUAAUGUGAUAAAAAUUGAUCACAUCCAAAAUUUGACCUAAUACAAGCCCACGAUAGAAAAAUUGGACCAAAGAAAAGAUAGGGCCUUAAGCUAACUUUAGCCUAAUAUCUAAAAAGAAGCAAAUUCGCCUAAAUCUAUCUAAAGCCCAUGAAUGUCCUCUUAGAGGUCUUGCUUUUUCGUUUUGCGUAAAAAAAUUGAUAACGAAGUGUUGAAACUUCAAGAUUUGAAUCAAAAUAAAUAAAUACUCAAAAAAUUAAAAUUUUCUUAUUAAGAAGGUUGAAACUAAAACUGAUAUUGAAUCCACAUCUUCUCGUGAACGGGGGAGUUACAAGUUUUAAACUUUCUCUAAUGUUUGAAAAAAAAAUCAAUAAAUUAUAUAUUAGAGGUUGUAUAUUGAAAUUAUCUUUUUUCAAAUAUUAUAAUGAAAUCCAUACAAAAAUUUGACAAAUCUAAUUUUAUCGAAGAUCUCGUGUGAACAAAUUAGCAUGCACGAGUUGCUUUCAACAUGAGUAUUUAAAGGGUAUAUUUUUCUUACUUUCAUAAAAAUUUCCCGGGGCCGGUCUAAGGACUCAUUGACAAAGUCUCAAUUUCAAGACUUUCUCGAACCGCUUUCGGUCGGACCGGCAAAUUCUGCUAUAAAAGCACGACGUCUCCCGCUCAGACUCGACUCUACACCAUUUACCACCAAAUUGGAGAAAAAUGUUCAUGAAAGCGUUGGGUGUCACUGCGAAGUGCGAAUUUGCCGCCAACCAUGGCUCAUGGCCACUUUCCGCCAUUCGACCACCGUGACCUCAACCGUCAACGCGUUGCUCCUUGGCUCCCUCAAAGAACACUAUCUCGUGAUCUCUAAAAUGUCGUCGUCUCCGGUGCACUAGACGGUAAUGGGCCGGUGCUUACUAGGAACUACGGUGAAGAAGCGGUUAACGUUUAGGUAAUGCCAUUGGCCAUUAUUAUUCUGGAAGGUGGAGAGACGAUGAAAUUAAUCAGCAAUGUACAUUUUCUUUGUGUGUUAUAUCCCGAUGCAUUACGUAUCCAUUCCGUUUCGAUGAGAAUCAAAGUCGAAUCCUAAGGGUUUCACGUUGUUCCGCUCGGUUUUAAUGGUUUCGUGUUCAACUUAAACUGAACAAGAACAACCCAACCCAUUUGGAUAUGAACCUCUCUGAGUUGUUGGUUUGGUUGGCAGAGAUAUAGUUGAGAAAAUGCUGAGACAUUAAGAAGUCUCUCUUUCCAUUUCUUCAAGCACGCCAUAAUGUGAAAGAAGAUCAAAAUUUUAUGUGGUCGUUCAGACUAAAAGGGCUUAAAGGAAAGGGAAGGAUGAAAGGUUUGAAGUUCAUCAAGGAGCAGAAGAACACUAAAAAGAAUGAUGUCAGUCCACAUUAUCGUCCUAAUCAGUUAGGUGUAGCAGGUAAACAAAACAAGUGGAAAUAAGGGAUGAAAACAGGUGCUUAUUUCUUAAAUAAGCUCAUGGAGGUCGUUCCAGAUGGAAAUGCGUCAAGAAAGAAGGGCGAAUCUAUCACGAAGGAGGCAAAAACACAAGGAUUAUUAGCAAAACAAGUUGAUGAAUUUGUUGAUGAUUGGAGGAUCAACAGUGGCCGGCGUCAUACCAUUUUCUUUAUGGGAUUUGAGAAAGCAUCAAAAACAAAAACUUAUUUGAAUUUGAGGAAGGAGGGAAAGAGAGAAAAUGAAGAUAUUAUUAUUGUUGAUAAUGCUGUGGACGAGGAUGAUGAUGAGUUGAUCCCACUAAUGUCGACGACAUUUCAGAACAACUUUGACGACAAUAAUGGUGAAUUUUGUACGGAAUUCGAGAAGUCCCAAGUUGUCGUGGCUAUUCAAAGACAUGUCGCUCAAAGAAUCCGCCGGAGAGUCACGCUGGCGGACCUGCUUAUGGUGGAUGUCCAUGGGAACAAGCCUAAGCCUAAGCCGGAAGCGGAAACUGUGCCGGUGCCAGAUUUUCAGAAGAAAUUACCGGAAGUUGAGAAGGACAGAGGCAGCUGCUUUUCCGAAAAGCCGAAAGCGGCGCCGGAGCCACCUACGAGGAACCUCCGACGACUAAUGGGGAAGAUGAUGAAGAGAAAGAUGCAUGCAAAGGUCCACAACGAGCAGCUGCUUUGUGAAGAAAAUAAAUUAAAUGGAAAGCUCUUUGAUCCAACCUCUCUUCCUAUUCUUCCAGCUGCUUGUGCUUGAGAUCCAUCAUUUGGCAACAAUAGAAUUUCCUAAAAUUGUGGUUGAAUUUUACAUCAUGAAUUUAUUUUCUAAUUUUCAAGAAUGUAGAUGGUGCUGCUAUAUGUGAAAGCCAUGUCUGCUGUUUUCUUAAGAUUUGAUGUAUCAUUGUGGGUUUUUCUUUUUCUUGAUUUGAUGAAAGUUUGGUGGUACCCAAAUUGAGUGGAUUACCUGAUUCAAAUUGGACUUCAAAUAAAUAAUUACUCUCUCCUAUGUCAAGUUGCAUUCAAUUUAAAACCCUUUUUAUGA